GACACCUUUAGCACAAUAGUUUAGAAGUCGUCCUUGACGCAGGUGUGCGCAAAGGAAACCCCUCACGAGAUCUCUUGGGAAACCCGACUGCAAAUGAUGAACGUUCUCUCACCGGCCCGUGCGCCAAAAGGCUGCCGCACCAUGGGUGUUGCCUGUCACGCAGUCAGUACCCGACGUGUCCUUUUGGGUGUUGGAGUGCUUCCUGUUAUUGCAAACACUCCUAAGGCGCUGGCGCUCAUUCCAGACGAGGAGGACGAACGUUUACUGGAGAAAGCCAAGGCCAACCGGCGCGCCCGCCUGGCCCAGCAGCGAAGCGUGACGCGGGACUUCAUGGCCUUCGAAAACCUCACAGACGGACGCCUUGGCCGAGAAUUUGCACCUGCUCAAAAGGCCAUAUACAAGCUCGCUAGGGCUGGGUAUCAGAUGGAGGCUGGAGACCUGAAUGGCGCUGCCGUUACUCUGUCUGAGCCUUGGGUGAUGGACUUCUCCGUUGUGGCGAUCAGUGUGUCUGGUGCCGAUGACGCUGGAAAACUGGCUACGGCCAUCAAGGCUGUCCAGCUUGCUGCAGCGGCCGGUGAUGUAGCGAACUCUAAGCGCCUGUUUGUUUCGUUGAUAUCUGAUGUGAAGAGCUGGGCAUCUGUAGCGGGCCUGCGUAGUAGCCUUAAAGGCCUCUGAUGUAGCAUAGUGCGGAAGUGAAGUGGAUCUGUGCAUCUGUCGGUUGAGGGUCACUCUACCGGUAAUCGCCGGAGCAAUGUAGCGACGUCGUCGGAGUCGGAGGCCGACGUCGAAGACAGAGCCGGAGCAAGCGGAAGCAGUGUAGUAGGAAAGGGUUCAAUAGGGGGGGUCAUGUCCACUUUUUUUGGCAACGUGACCGUAUGACCUCAAACCCCCCCUCCCCCGUAACAAAGUGUGGAGGGGAGGAUUGGAGGACAGUCAGUCGUUGGUCGGUCGGAACUUAGUCUGUCUGUUCGUCCACAAAAGUGGUGGCAACGUGCUGACACCCUUUAGGGUAUAUGACCGCACAGCUGGUGCUAUUGCGGUCCCGGGUUUAUUUUUUCCAGCCCCCCUCUCUUGCCCGUUCCCCGCCUUCUUGCCCCUUUCUCCCCUUCAGCACCUACCCCCACAGAGCUAUCAGAUGUAAGCAUUGCCAUCUUAAACCGCGCAGCUGCCGC